AUGGAUAAAGAGCCUCGAAAACUUGUUUUUCGUUCGACUCCAGUGAUCUUCCUACUUAUCCUUUCUUUGCUUUAUUUUGAUCUUUUCUGGGCCAAUUAUAUUUCGUUUGAUCAAUGGAAGAAAAGCUGCUCUAAUUCAGAAACUAUUUUCAAUAGCAGAAAGGUCAAAAAUGAAACACUUGAAGAAAAGCAGAACUCCCUGGAUUUUCUGUUUUCAAGCCUCUUAGCAGGGGAAGAUCAAGUGAAGCUCAAAGACACUGGAUUUGCAUGUAAUAGGGCUGUUUAUUCUGUUCAUUGUGUUGCCAAUCAACCUGUAAGGAUUGACACAAGAACGAUGACGGUUUACGUUCCCUCUGAUGAACCUGUGCAAGAAACUGUUAUUAAGCCAUAUGCUAGGCAAGAAGAUCAUAUUCUUCUCAAAAUUGUGACACCAGUCAAGAUUUUGCACGGGAACACUACGCCACCAGUUUGUCAGUACAACCAUGAAAUCCCAGCUGUGAUCUUCUCAUCUAGUGGCUUUGUGGGAAAUGUGUUCCAUGAAAUCAAUGAAAUCAUCAUCCCUUUGUAUAUUACUACUAAAAACUUUCAAUCCCGCGUGCUGUUCGUCCUUGAGGACUACAAGCCAUCCUUUCUAAGUAAAUAUAGCAAGGUAAUCUCUCGUUUAUCGUCUUAUGAGGUCAUGAAUCCGGCUGCAAAUCAAAGUGUGCACUGUUUUCCUGGAGGUGUAGUUGGACUUAAAUUUCAUGGCCAUCUGUCUUUGAAUACGAGUGAUGUCCCUAAAGGCCAUUUGAUGCAUGACUUGAGACAGUUUCUUCGACAAGCCUUUAAUCUCAAGUUUAGCCAUGUAUCUCAGAUCAAAAGGCCAACGUUAAUGCUUUUAUCUCGUAGAACAUCAAGAAGAUUUUUGAAUGAAGAUGAAAUGGUUGCAAUGAUGGAAGAGUUAGGCUUUAGAUUUCUUCGACAAGCCUAUAAUCUUGAGUUUAGCCAUGUAUCUCAGAUCAAAAGGCCAACGUUAAUGCUUUUAUCUCGUAGAACAUCAAGAAGAUUUUUGAAUGAAGAUGAAAUGGUUGCAAUGGUGGAAGAGUUAGGCUUUCGAGUAAUUGUUGUUGCAAGAGCAAAAGUAGUAUCAAAUUUGAACAUAUUUGCCAAUCUGAUAAAACUCGUGCAAUGUAUUCGUGGCAGCACAUGGUGCUGGCCUAACAAAUGA